AUGACGUCUCUCAUGGCUCAAAUGGCGCUCUUGACUAAUCAAAUCCAGGGACUUACCGCAGCCAAUGCCAAUGGAAAUCAAGAAGCUGUAAAGAUGGCACAAGCUUUGAGCUCAAGUGAUUCAUAUGAUGAGCAAUGUCACUUCAUCAACCGUAGCUUCAAUUUUAGGCCCAACAACAACUUACCGACAUACUAUCAUCCCGGGCUCAGAAACCAUGAGAAUUUCACUUAUGCCAACAACCAAAAUGUUUUACAACCAACUCUGGAGUCAAGUAAACCGGCAAUGAAAAAGCCUUCCUCAUCACUUGAAGAGCUUUUGAAGACAUAUAUUGUGGACUCUAAGGCUCAUCUUGAUCAACAUGACGCUCGUCUCAACAACAUUGAAACUCACUACACCAAUUUGGGAGGCACUAUGAAGGCACUAGAAACACAAGUUGGCCAAUUGGCUAAUGCUAUAAAAGGGCAAUCAUCAAGGUCCUUCCCAAGCGACACCGAGAAGAACCCAAAUGAGUGCAAGGCCAUCACAUUGAGGAGUGGUAGAGAGCUUGAAGGCCCGAGUGUUCAAAACGCCAUGGUUGAUGAGGAGCUUAUCAAGAGCAAUGAUGAUGGUAAGGAUAAGUCAAAGGAGGAAAAUCUGAAGACGAAGAAGGAAGCACCAGUGGUUAGACCGGGUUCGAUCACUUAUUCGGAUAACCCACCUCGUAUCACUCCCCCAUUGCCAUUCCCUCAACGGUUCCAGAAGAAGGCGCUUGACGAGCAAUUUGAGAAUUUUCUCAAUACCUUCAAGAAGAUCCACAUCAACAUCCCCUUCAUGGACGCUCUAGAGCAAAUGCCAAACUAUGCCAAAUUCAUGAAGGAAGUUAUGUCCAAGAAGCGCAAACUCGAGGACUAUGAAACGAUGAAGCUUACGGAAGAGUGUAGCGCUAUCAUAAAGAGACAACUACCAGAGAAGUUGAAGGAUCCGGGUAGUUUUACCAUCCCAUGCAUCAUUAGAGAACUUCACAUUGAGAAGGCCUUGUGUGAUCUCAGGGCUAGCAUCAAUCUCAUGCCUCUCUCUAUCUUCCAAAAGCUAGACCUUGGAGAGAUCACACCUACCACCAUCUCAUUACAAUUGGCGGACUGCUCUCUCACCUACCCUAAAGGUAUUAUCGAGGAUGUCUUGGUUAAAAUUGAUAAAUUCAUUUUUCCAGUUGACUUUGUGGUGUUAGAUAUGGAAGAGGACCAGGAAAUUCCUAUUAUUCUGGGCCGACCUUUUCUUGCUACCGGGAAGGCUUUGAUUGAUGUCCAUGAUGGUAACUUAACAAUCCGGGUGAACGACGAAGAGGUAAAGUUCAACAUUAGUAACGCCAUGAAAUUUCGGGAAGAGCGACCAAGUUGUAACUGGGGGGAUGUGGUGGCCCCGUGCUUAAAGGACUUCUUUCAAACCAUUAUUUAUAAGGACCCUUUGGAGAGAUGUCUUUCAACACCGCUCUCUAAAGGGGAUCUCGGGGUGGAGUUCGGUGCGUGUGAAGUGGACUUGAUUGAUAGUGUCUAUGCUCUAGAGGCACUACCGGAGGAGAAGGCUAAUCCGAAGGAAGAGGAUGUACUUAAGGUGCCCACACUUUAUAAAGGCUCGGAAUUGAAAACCACCACUAGUGACGGGCUAGUUCUGAAGCAAUUACCCGACCAUCUUCGCUACAUAUUUUUGGGACAUAACUCCACUAAGCCGGUCAUAAUAUCAGCAUCUUUGAGCGAGGAGGACGAGCGGAAGUUGAUCAAUGUUCUAAAAAGGUACUCAUCCACUUUUGCUUGGUCAAUUUCUGACAUUAAGGGUAUUAGUCCGGCCAUUUGUAUGCACAAGAUUCUCAUGGAGGACUCCUACAAGCCUUUUAUUGAACAUCAACGGAGAGUUAAUCCCGCAAUGAAGGAGGUUGUGAGAGCAGAGGUUCUGAAGCUAUUAAAUGCCGGUAUUAUAUAUGCCAUUUAUGAUAGUUCAUGGGUUAGUCCGGUGCAAGUGUUGCCAAAGAAGGGUGGCAUGACGGUUGUUAAAAAUGAGAAAAAUAAGCUCAUUCCAACUCGCACGGUAACGGGGUAG